AUGGCGGCAAGAGGCGAUGUUGACAUGGCGGACGCGACGCCUAUAUUACAAGAUUCAAACGACUACGCGGACCUGCUACAAACAAAUCAUAGUGACGCGUUCGCGUUUUCCGAGACGGAGAAGCUAGCCCUACAGCUCUACGAUCAGCUCAAGGAACUUGAGUUGCAGCAGAGUCUUCUUGGAGCACCACAAUCAGUAGACGCGCAUGACUUUUCAGCACUCCCAGAUGACCUGCUGGAGGAGCGCCUGACUGUAGCGCAGCGCGAAGCUAUGGAAGCGAGAGCAGAGUACGAGAUAAGGAACAAAAUCACACACAAUGUGCUAGUAAUGGAUCCUGUUCUCAAAGCCGUCCAUGACGGCGAACAGACGUCAAUUGCGGAGAAGCGCAUACUGCCGCUCAUCACCGAGAACGAUACUGUUUCCAUGGUCCACGGUUCUCUGACGUCGAAGCUUGCUCAUACGACUCGGUCGCUGAGUAUGGCCGAACAAAGCAACAUCGUCGCAAACCAAAGAAAUCGAGAACUCGCAAAAACAAUGCUUGCUCUGGCUGAAGAGCUGAAGACGCAAUCGGUGCGUGACAUCGAAGAUCCACAAUUGCGCCAACGAGUCGAUGCGGUCGAAAAGGAGCUCAAGGACUCGAGGCAGAGGGUGAAGACGCUGAGAGGUAUAUUGUCGGCCAUGAUAGUGGGUAGCGGGAUCAAUUGGGCUGCAGACGAAGGUCUGACUGAGCUCGUCAUGGAGGAUGAAGACGAUUGA